AUGGCUUUUAGUGGUAGUUCCAUAGAAACAGAACUUGGUUAUGUUCAAAAUGAUAGUUUAAUGUAUUCACAACAAAAAUCCUAUGAUAAUAAUGAAAAUGGAACUAAAAAAUCGAUUAGUCAAGAAAGAAAAUUAGGUGAUGUUACUACUUUAUAUCGACAGGAUACUUUAAAUACAGAUGUGAGUUCAAAGUCUUAUGAAUCAGAUGGUAUAGUUUCUGAUGGAAUCGAUUUUCCUCCACUUGAAAAAGUAUUAAUGAACAAAUCAGGUUCUCCUUUAUCACAAUAUAAUUUUUAUUAUUAUCUGAAAGAAGAAUGGCAAGGUGAAGAGAAUUUAAAUUUUUGGUUAGAUGUUGUAACACAUGAAAAUUUAUUUGAUUCAUGGAGAGUAUAUCAAAAUCAUGUAAAGAAAUCACGAGAAAGACGUAGUUAUGAGGGAAAAAAUCAGAUGAUAUAUGAACGAGAUGAAGAAUACGAACAAGAAGAAAUUGUGAUGGAAGAUUGGGAACCUACUCACAAUUAUAAUAAUUCGACAUCAAGUGCCGAAGAUGGUAUAACAGCAUCGGUUGAUUCAAGGAAUCCUGUAAUAUCAAUAAUACAACAACGAAAUAAAUCAAAUAAAUCAGAUGGUCAUGAGAUUUCAAUCAUAGAAGAUGAUCGAUCAGGAAAUUAUAUUCAAACAGAAAUUAUUAAGAGAGUGAAUGAAGAUGAUUUGGCUAAAUCUGCCUUAAAUAUAUAUCAAAAAUAUGGACAUAUGACUAUUUUACCCGAAGAAAGUCGAAAUACCAUGUCUGACCUUAUUGAACAUCAAGGAAGAUAUAAUCCAGUAGUAUUUUCAUCAGCUAAAUCUUAUGUAUAUCAUAUUAUGAAUGUAAUUUAUUUUCCAAAAUUUGUUCAAUCAGCGAUUGAAAUGAAUUUAACUCGUAUUCAUGCAAUCUUCGCUUUACCUUUGGGAAUUGUGUGUCUUACAUUUGGUUUGGCAUUGGAAUUAUAUUAUAUAUUUAUGGGAUUGGAGAAUCGAUUAUUGAGAUUGUAUGGAUUUCCUGUUUUAUGGUUAGGUUGGAUAUUUUUACAAACUGCUGCUACAAGGUUCAUGCCGUUACUUAGUCUCUUUGGAGUUAGUGAAUGUGAUAUACUUCAAUUUCAAAAAAUUCGAGAAAAAUCUAUUCUAUCGGCCCAUAGGAAAAGAGCGUUCAAGUUUUUAAUAUGGGAUACUUUAGCUUCAAUCUUAACUAUAGGAAUAAUGUUUGCAAUCCCACCUAUUACUUUAUAUGACACCUGA